UAUUUGUAUUAUUGAAAACGACUGAUAUCUUGUAUUUAUCGUUUUUCCUUUCUUUGUGUAAUCCAGUUGUGGAUGUUGAUAAGUGACUCAUUGUUGAUUGUAGUUAAAAUUGUCGAGAACUGUGUUAGUGGCUCAUCGUUAAUUCAUGUUAUUUUUUGUUAUUAUAUGUGGCCACAUCACAUUCGCUAUAACGAGGUAAUCAAUUCCUCAUGGAUACGCCGCCUGUGCCAAAACCUCGGAGUACGUAUCUGCCUCAGAAUGAUGUUUUGAAAGUGCCAGUACCCUUGCCACGAACUAAAGCGCCAGCGGAUGGCGAAAAGAUCACAGCUGCGAAUGUAUUACGUUCCAUCAGUUCAGUUUCAAAACAAAUCACAGAAGAUGUUGCACAAAAAGUUAGUAGUUCGGCAAAGUCUGCCAACGAUAAAAUUGAAAAAUCCCUAUCUGACUCUUCAAGGUUUGCGAAAGACACUCUAGAAAAAACGUUGAUGACUUCUAAAUCCGUUAGAGAUUCUGUCACAAAAUCUGUAAAACAGGGUACUAAAUCAGCCAGCAUUAAGUUACGGCUAUCAAAGAAGCUAGAAAAUCCUGAAGAUGACAAUCAAAGAUCUGUCUCAAUGCCAGUUGUUGAUGUAAGUCUUUUUGAUAAUAUUCAAUUUCAUUCCCCUCUUUUGGAACAAAAGAAAUAUACUAAUGAAGAGGAAGGCUUGGAGAGGCUCCCAGCACUGCAGUUGAACGCAACACAUCUGGAUGAUCUUUCAAUGUUUUCAAGUAAUUCUGAUUCCAACACGGAUACAAUCAGCAAUUUUUCAUAUGACAGCCGGGAAAAUGACCAAACAGAUUCAAGUUUAACUUUAGAAAAUAUAACAAAUUAUGACAGACCAACCCCUUCAAGAACAAACAGUGUUUUGAUUUUAAGAUCAGCACCUGAAGUUCCAGGGAGGACAAAAAAAAGGAUGAGUGAUACAGAAGUCAUGCGUCAAAAUUCAUUAUAUGAGAAUUGGACACUGCCCCAUUCCUCCCCUAACAUCGAAUCAGAUGUGAACCCCAGGCCCAGUAAAAGUACUAUUUAUGAGUUUGAUCCCUUGAACAACAACAAUGCAUUAUCCAACAAAAAGUAUGAAGGGAUUAGUAAUGAACUCAUUUUGCUUGAAUCCUUUUUGAUUGGUGAUACCUAUGGCACAAUUAUUUCAAGUGCAGAUAAUGGUAGUGAUGAGUAUGAAUUUACGGAAACAGAGUAUUUUAAUCCACCUGCUCCACCUGAACGUUUUGAUAGCCUCUAUCCUAAUGACGCCUCACCAGUAUCUACUCCUGAAGUGGUAACAAGCAAUGAAAAGAGUGAAAUUAGCCCAGAAAGAGCAAGUUGGUAUGUAAGUUCUGAGACAGCAUCAGUGUCCACAGAGCAGAGCAAAGUACAAAGUACAAUGAUGCAAAAGUUCUCAAAUAUAUUAAAACUAGAUACAGUCAGAAACCGAUCAAAUAAACUAAUUGUAAAAAAACCUGAUGUAAUUGAGCGCCCCUCCAUAAACAGCUUACCAGUGUCAUACUUCAGUGGAGUGAUGAACAAAGUGGUAUCUGGUGUAGUGGAAGAUUUGUUUAAGAACUCUCAGUCGCGGUAUUGUGUAUUGUCAGACCAAAAACUGAUGUGCUAUUCAGAUCCAACAAACUUAGUUUUAAAGGAAGCUUACAUGCUUGAAAAUAUCCAUUCUGUACAGAUGGUCUUGCCAUUGUCAUCAAGUUCAACAAACAACUCGUACUGCUUUGAGCUGACGGUUUCAACAGGGAUUCGUAAUACGCCGCGAAAAGUUCUAUUCAGUUGUUCAAGUGCAUCUGAAAGACGCAACUGGGCUCAAAAGCUUGCAGAGCAUCUCACUAAUGUCUUCCCAACCAAAUAUACUACAGAGUUUACAAGAUGCGGAUGGUGUUAUCUUAAGGAAGGAGUGAGCGGGGCAUGGCGUGGCGCGUGGAUCAUGUUGAUCCGCCGCGUCCUCGUCUACUACGCUGGCGACGAAGUGUGCACUGUUGAUCUGAGGAAAACACGAUGCGUAGUGACACAAGCGGCGGAUGCCGAGACGAAGCAGCUGUGUCCAUCGGACGGCAGUGCCAACCUUAUUCUGGACUGUCCUCAUGCCACUCUCUACCUACGCUUCCCACAUGAGAGAGAUCUUAAGGGUUGGAAAUACAUGGUGAAACUCGCCGCUCACAACAAUGGCGCAUAUAUACAUCAUCAGCAACUCACAAAAGACAAUAUUCCAGUCAUUGUCGACAAGAGUCUUAGCUUCAUUUAUGCUCACGGUAGUUUAUCCGAAGGGAUAUACCGAAGAGCUGGUAGUUCGGUGGUGUUGUCAGAGCUUUUGGCGCGUUUCCGUCGGGACUCGUGGUCGGUUCAGCUCACGCCGGGACAGCAUUCUGAGCAUGAUGUCGCCGGAGUACUGAAGAGGUUCUUCCGAGAUCUGCCCGAACCUCUGGUGCCUCAGGAGAAUCACAACACACUAGUUGACGUACUAGAUAUCACUGAUCCGAACGCACGUCACGCGGCAUACCGAAGCGUGAUGAUGUCACUUCCGCUGGUGGCGCACAAGACUGCGCGGAAACUGUUUGCGCACCUUCACUUCCUGCAAACAAUGUCGCACGCCAACAAGAUGAACGCUGAAAACCUUGCCUCUGUAUGGGCACCCACCAUCAUGCCUACCGCCGUAACUAGUCAAACGCUGCAAACAGCUUGGUCGAUCAAGGAGCACCAAGUAGUUCGGGAUCUUAUCCUUAACUACGAGGCUGUUUGGGAGCCGACCGAGGCGGAACUACGUCGGGAAGCCGCUAUAAGGCGAGUUCUGGUUCGCGUACUGAGCAACACCGCAACUAUGGCGCCUAAAGCCGCAGGCGAUCUACGAGCCUGGAUAUAUGUACACGAUAGAAACACGUGCUUCCAAGUAUCUCUGACACCGAACAAAACAAGCUCGGACGUCUGCAUUGAACUCUGCGAAAAAGCAAACCUUGAGUCCCAUUUACUAAUGCUCGAGGAAGUAAUAUGCGAUGGUUCUAUGCGCCGCGCAGUCCACAUAGACGAGAUCGUCUUGGAUGUUGUCCUACGCUGGGGAUACUGGGACGAAAAGGAUAGGAAGGAUAACUAUUUAGUUGUCAAGGAAAAUAAAAUACUCCACGAUCUAGAGGCGCUCCGAUCAACAACCUCAGCUUGUAGUGAGCUUCGGAUAGCGAAUGAAACUACGAAGGCCUUCAAGCUACAUAUGUUCGAAUUCAAGCAAGGGAAGUUGUGCUACUACAAGGAUAAGCAGGGAUCCCACAAAAUAGAAGAAUGGGAUAUAAAAAACAUACUAUGGUAUAUCGGACACGAACCGAAGCGGAAUCCGCAGUCGCAAUGGACAAUCACUUUUAUACCCAAAAAUGAUAAACCUAAAAGAAGCAAAGAUCGGCCCUGGUUCGGCUGCACGAUAGCAGGUGCAGUGAAGACAGACCAGUUGCUAUGGAUGUCGGCCAUGACAUUCGCAGAACACGCGGAAAUACUGCCAACGCCUCGGCUUAUCAUCACUUAGAUUCUUUACAAGCUACUCAAUUACAUCAGUGAAGGUCAGCAGAAUAUCGUAUUCAAGGCCAAAUAAAAAAUCAUCCAAAACUUCUCAGUCACACUCCCAGUACAACUUUUUAACCUCGUAACAUUACGUCUUCCAGCUACUUCCUACAAUCAUGGAAGAAAUCGCUGUGAUGCUCUAGUAUGUUUAUAUCUAACUACUUUUUUCUUUUGUGUUCAAUAAAAGUGUUUUCAUUCAUUCAUUCAUUCAUUCGUUAUAUCUAGCAGCGGUACUUUAUUUGUGGUUAAGUGUUAAGACUGCAUUCGGCAACGGACCUCAGAGGCUUUACAUGCCUUAUUCCUGUUUUCACUAAACCUAGCAAUCGCCUAAAUCGAAUACCAAAUGAUUAAGGGCGAUGUCUAUUGAAAAACCUUUCUUAAUUUCACCUACCUACUCUUAGGUGAUAACUAUUUGUGAACGGCUUAUGUAUGCCUAGGAAUCUUCUUACAUUAGGCGUUACUUAUUAAGCAUUGCGUUGAUCGUCGUUAGUGAAAACGGGUAUUAGUCGUCCAACUUACGCAGAACACUAAAUACUAUUAAGUACAAUAUAAUACUUUUGAUGAAUUUAUAAGUAACAAUGGAGAUUCGGCAGUUUUACUUUAAGAAACAUUAAGGAAUAAAUGGAACGUGUAAGCUUGAUCGGGAAUACCCUGUAACUUGUUUCAGCGAAUUUAAAUUGGUCGAUAUCAAACGCUCUAGCUGUAUACUUGCCGUACGGAAUUCCCCGUUAUCUUUAUUGGUUGACAGCUAAUGCACUGACCGCCCACAGAAAUCCCAUGAAUUUGAUGUAUAGACUAAGGCAUCGAUCAAUGAAAUUGGGGCCCUAAAGCUAGAUUAGGAAAGGUAAUGGUAAAACAAGUGGGAUUCAAACUAUUUGGAUAUGCGUUGAAUUAUUUAGGCUUCUAUAUAUUCAUUUUAUUAUGGUUGACCCAUAUUUUCCGUAUUAAAAUAA